AUGUCUAAAACCCAAACAUGGAUUAAUGUUCUAGAUCCGGUAUGUGUCGCAAUAACGCCAUUUACUGGUUUUGAGACCUUUAGAGAUGGCCCCAGCAACAUCAGCCUUACAAUCCUUACCGAAGUGAAAACGUACAUUGAAUGCUAUCAGACGGAGAGUUUUGGACCCGUUCUCAUAUGCCUGGAGGUUGAUACUCUUGAAGAAGCUAUUGAUCUUAUCAGUCAAAAUCGAUCUUGGAACUGGGCGCCAGCAGUUAAAGAAGUAUCAAUGAAACGGACGGGUAAACCCCCCGUACUAGCCGGUGGCUCCAGCAAAUUGGCGGAUGCUUAUCCACCAACUAUAAUUCAUUUCAUUUCCACCCUCUCCUCCUAUUUCCAAGCGGGGUAUUCUCAUUUUGUCCUCAUUCAGGUCAUCGGACAUGCCCGACUUUUGUUUGUGAAUGUGCACCUUCCUCUAACCAACGUCAAUUGGAAGGAUGACAGAUCCAUUUUCAAUCGAAGGUGGCAUCACUGGCGUCUGUCUGCUUUGUCAAAGUCUGUCCAUCACUCUAUCUAACAUUCCAACAUCUAUCAAAUGAUUUGAGAUGUGUUUGAAAAUCCCCUGUGACAGGGGUAUGACAACAAGAUGCGGUUCCGUCUAGCAACAUUACCUGACUCAAAAACUUGAGACUAAACCGACCCGGAGGGAAGAUAAUUGGGAUUGGCUCCACAUCCAACAGAGUAUAUUCUGAUAUCCCGGAUU